AUGGCCCCCAAUCAACAUGUUAGCCGUCUGCACCACCAUCUCUCGUCCAACCACAUUCGUUUACUACGUCUCAACCCCAGCACCGAUACUCCGGAGCUUGGAAGCCUCGAAGUGGUGGACUUGGACGAUGCGCCUCCAUACUAUGCGCUCAAAGUCAUCGUCAACGGCCACGAGCUCGUCUUGGGAAUCGACCUCGUCGCCUGCGCGCGGAGACUCUCAUUGCUGAGCGUGACAAACACCGAGCUCGACCCACCCGUCGAAUACGUAUGGAUCGACAGCAUCUUCGCUUUGAUGAGAUGCAUCUAUCGGAACUCAGUCAAAACACUCAUUUGGCUUGGGCAUGACAGGGCUGCCUCCGCCGCUGCAUGGCGACUACUCCAUCGAAUCUACAACGUCUUCCGAGAGCAGAAUCUGGCUGCCGUUGACCCAUCAAACAUACCUAUUCGGACCUUCUCGCAAUCUGCACAUGAUUCCUCGGGCUUGCCCGCAUGGGAUGAUGAUGCGUGGGCGCACCUGAGAAGAGUUAUGGAGUUGCGAUGGUUCUCGCGCAUUUGGGUCGUCCAGGAGGUUGCGCUAUCAAGACAAGAUCCAGUCAUUUUGCAUGGAGCACACCGCUACCCUUGGAGUCGCUUCGGCUGGGCCGUGGCCUGGCUGCGCAGAAAUGGCUACAUGCGACUCCCUCAGAUACCCGAGCAGCUGAGGAACGUGGAUACCAUGGCCAAUAUUCACCGAGCCCGUACGCCCUGGCCUCUGGAUGCCCUCAUGUCCAUCACGCAAGUCAAGUUCCAUGCCAGUGACCAAAGAGACAAAGUCUACGGGUUGGGGCUAGCCGCUGAAUGUCAAGAUGCCUCAAAUGUGCCUGACGAGUUGAGACCUGAUUAUAGCGUCAAGGUGACGGAUUUGUACCAAAAGGUUGUCUAUCUCCUGCUGAGGCUAGGCGGGUCACCUGCAGUCCUCACUCGUGCUCGCGGUGUGAUGGGAAGCGCGACGAGACGGCAGCGGGAGUAUGACUUGGACUUGGCAUCUUGGUGCCCUGACUGGAGCGACUUCAAAGUCUUCAACGAAGGUAUCUCGACAAGCCUCUCGUGGAUACACUAUGGAGACAUGUCCAAGCCUGCUAGACUCGGCUUUCCCAACCACUAUGCCACAUCAUCCGGCCUUGACCUUCAGCUCGAACCGCAACAUGAUACGUCCAGUCUUCAGCUGCGUGGCAGUAGACUAACACGCGCUUUGGGAGACGCCGAGUCUGACCGGCAUUUCGACGUGCAGAUGGCACGGAUCCUCGACGAGGCACUCUCGCUUCUACCGGGAAAUAUUUGGCUUAGCUGGGCGGAGAAGUUUAUCAAGGCGACAACAGCCGAGCAGCAUUACCUUGUUGGGCGAGGCUGGGAUCAAAGUUUGCGAGAUGGUCUCGCGUACCUGCAUAAACUGUUGGCCGAUGAUGCAGUGACAGUCUCAUUAUCCGCAUUACAGAUGGACAGAAAGAAGGUAAUGGAAUUACGAAUCGUACGCAAUUUCGGGUUUGAAAGGGCUUUACCGAUCAUCUCCGAUGGACGAAUGGGGAUGGGACCAUCCAGUACCCGUCAGGGAGACGUAGUUUCAGUGCUUGCGGGUGGUGGUGUGCCGUAUUGCAUAAGAAGAGAAGGUGAUCAUUGGCUAUUUGUGGGCGAGUCGUACGUAGAGGGACUUAUGGGCGGUACUGCUACUCAAGUUUCUGGACAAGGCCUUUUGGCGGAGGAGAUAUUUCACUUCAAGUGA